UACAUACUCAUCAUUCCAAGAGAACUCAUAGUUUCUUCAAUAAAUCUAUAACAUCUCUCUCUAGUUAAUUAAUUUGGUAAUUAAUUUAGGUGUGUUACAAUUUGCAUAGAAAUGGGCCAAGGAAGUGGUAGUGCAAACCUAGGUGUGUUCUUUGGAGUUAGCAUACUAUGCCUAUUGGCUCUAACCAAGCCUACCCAUGGAGCUAUUUAUACAGUCGGUGGGUCAGGUGGAUGGACCUUUAAUGUCAACUCUUGGACUAAUGGCAAGUCCUUCAAAGCUGCUGAUAUCUUAGCAUUUAAUUACGUUAAGUCAACACAUAAUGUGGUAGCAGUAAGUAAGGAAGAUUAUGAUAGCUGCAGUUCAACAGGAGGAGCAAAAGUUUAUCAAAGUGGAAAGGAUAGAAUCAAGUUAAGCAAAGGUUCAAACUACUUCAUAUGCACUCUCCCUGGGCAUUGCCAAAGCGGAAUGAAGAUUGCUAUCACUGCAUCUUAAUUACUUACGUUACGUAUGCUCGUCCAGGAUUACCGUUGUCACGUUGAUGAUGUAUCUUAAACGUAAUUACUUCUUUUUAAUUACGUGAUAAUUGUUAAUUAUUUUUUAAUUAACUAGUACUCUGUAAUACGUACUCCUUUACUAUUUGUACGUAAAUCCUUACGAAAGAUUUGGUAUCGAGAGAUGUUUGUUAAGUUCGAAAAAAAUUAUAUAAUCUAUAUCCAGUUGUGUCA